AUGGCUCGAUGCAAUCUGAAGCGUAAGGCCGUCGACAAUGCUCCCGCUUCGCAGGAGAUCGUCCCACAAAAGACAGUUCGGGCUCCAAAGAAACCUCGUCGAGACCAUCCCGCACGUCCCACCCGCUUCACGCGCAGCAUGAAGGCGAAGGUUCCACAGGAGRACGUCUUCGCCACCACCGAACUGCUCGAGAACAUUUUGAUUCACCUCCCCAAGUGCAACAUCCUCACGUCUCAGCGUGUCUCUCAGCGAUUCCGAGAUGUGAUCAAGAUGUCUGUUGCAAUUCAGAAGAAGCUGUACCUCCGUGUUGGCGGCAAGGGUUCUUCUGAGACUUGGAAGGGUCUGCCUGAUGGCACGUUCGUCCGAACGCGAGAAGCUCCGGAUGUUGAGAUGGCGGACAACAACAAUGCGCGGAGGACGAAGAACUACAUGGUCCCCACAGACUCUAACUCAUGGUUCACUCAAGAUUCCCCACCCCUCGCGACGCACUCUGCGAGUAACAUAUCCAUUUACACGAACGGCGACUGGCGUUACGACGAUGCGACGAGCCUUGAAGCUGACGAAGACAUGAAACGCGCGAUGAAGCUUUCGCUGAACGGCCACUACAUCUCGCACACGCUCCACGGCAUGCAGCUGACAAGCUCGCCCGCCAUCUCCAUCAAGGUUAGAGUCGACUGGUCCAUGGGCACCUACGAGCGCGUCAGACUUUCCAACGGUCGAUUUCUUCCCAAGCCCGAAUAUGAGCCGCAACUCUACGGAACUACGACCGUCAGAUUGCGCAAUGCUUCCGGCUGUACAGUUGGGAGGGCUCUACAAGUGGUUCGAAACUCCGUUGCGGAAGGAGUGAAUCUCACACGCUCAAGAAAACAGAUUGCUGCAGCCUCAGUCGGCGAGCUGAGGAGGCAAAAGAAAUAUGGUGGGGUUGUGGAAGUGUCUUCUUUCAGUAUCACGCUUCGAGGUGUUCUGCUACCCUCGGAUGAGGAUCGGAAGGCAUGUCUCGCUCUUCCCGUCGAAGUUGAUGAGGUUGAUGAGGUUGAAGAAGUCGAGCUUUGA